UUAUUAGUAAACUUUAUCUCAAUAUAUUGCAUGGGUCCAGUUAUUAUAAUAAGGAUUCAUGAUUAUCUGUAAUAUUUUAGCGAACUCUGAAAACUUCGUGUAAUUGCUUAAAUAUUGCCUCUUUCAUUAGAUGCGCGCGCCAUAUUCGCGUGAGCCAUCAGCCACGUCCUAACUUGAUGGGCAGCGGUAUCUUGUUUAGGUCGACUUUUCUCUCGUUUUCAUUAAAGUUUUUAACCACGUCAGUGAAGAUCAGUGCCGAAAUAGUGCAAAAUGCCACUGAGACUGGAUAUUAAACGUAAAUUGACUGCAAGGUCAGACAGAGUCAAGAGUGUCGAUCUUCAUCCAACAGAACCAUGGAUGCUCUGUUCACUGUACCAGGGCAAUGUGAAUAUUUGGAAUCACGAAACACAAACUCUAGUAAAAACUUUCGAAGUAUGCGAUCUACCAGUAAGAGCAGCCAAGUUUGUACCUCGCAAAAAUUGGGUGGUCACUGGCUCAGAUGAUAUGCAAGUCAGAGUAUUCAAUUAUAAUACACUAGAACGUGUCCACUCCUUUGAAGCACACAGUGACUAUGUUCGAUGUAUUGCUGUACAUCCGACGCAACCAUUCAUUCUUACUAGUAGUGAUGACAUGUUGAUAAAACUAUGGAAUUGGGAAAAGUCAUGGCUCGGUCAACAAGUAUUCGAAGGCCACACACAUUAUGUCAUGCAAGUAGUAUUUAAUCCAAAAGAUAAUAAUACAUUUGCAAGUGCUUCCCUUGAUCGAACAGUAAAAGUAUGGCAACUUGGAUCAUCCACUGCAAAUUUCACACUUGAAGGUCAUGAGAAAGGAGUAAACUGUGUAGAUUACUACCAUGGUGGAGAUAAACCGUACUUGAUAUCAGGAGCAGAUGACAAAUACGUGAAGAUAUGGGAUUAUCAAAAUAAAACAUGUGUUCAAACACUGGAGGGACACACGCAAAAUAUUUCCGCAGUGUCAUUCCAUCCAGAGCUGCCAAUUGUCUUGACAGGUUCUGAAGACGGUACCGUAAGGAUCUGGCAUGCCGGUACCUAUCGAUUAGAGUCUUCCUUGAACUAUGGCUUCGAAAGGGUCUGGACAAUUGCCUGUAAGCGUGGUUCGAACAACGUGGCCAUCGGUUACGAUGAAGGUAGCGUUAUGGUUAAAGUUGGCAGAGAAGAACCAGCUGUUUCUAUGGAUUCCAUGGGUGGAAAGAUUGUAUGGGCCCGACACAGCGAGAUCCAACAAGUUAAUCUAAAAGCGCUAGGUGAAGAAGCGCAAGAUGGCGAGAGGUUACCUCUCACUGUAAAGGAUAUGGGCGCUUGUGAAAUCUAUCCACAAACCAUUCAGCACAAUCCUAAUGGAAGGUUUUUAGUUGUCUGUGGAGAUGGGGAGUAUAUCAUAUACACAGCUAUGGCGCUCAGAAACAAGGCAUUCGGUCAGGCUUCAGAAUUCGUAUGGGCUGCAGAUUCUAGUCAGUACGCUGUCAGAGAGAGCACUACGACAGUAAAAGUGUUCAAGAACUUUAAGGAGAAGAAAAGUUUCAAGCCUGACUUUGGUGCAGAUGGUAUAUUCGGUGGCUUUAUGUUGGGUGUAUCAUCUGGCUCCGGUCUGUCUUUCUUUGACUGGGAUACUCUGAAACUCGUUCGCCGCAUUGACAUUCAGCCAACACACGUUUAUUGGGCAGAAAAUGCAUGCCUUGUGGCGUUGGCUACAGCAGAUCAAUAUUUUAUUUUGAAGUAUCACGCGGACACAGUUGCAAAUGCUGCAGAGAAUGCUGAAGACAUUGAAGACGCAUUUGAGAUGGUAGCAGAAAUGAGCGAAGUCGUGAAGACCGGUCUUUGGGUCGGUGACUGUUUCAUUUACACCAACAGUGUUAACCGAAUAAACUACUUCGUUGGUGGUGAAAUAGUGACUGUCUCCCAUUUGGACAGACCAAUGUAUUUACUGGGUUAUGUACCAAGGGACAAUAGACUCUAUCUUUGUGACAAAGAACUCUCAGUAGUCUCCUACUCACUCCUUCUCUCAGUUUUGGAGUAUCAGACGGCCGUUAUGAGGAAAGAUUUCGAGACAGCUGACCGAGUGCUGCCAACCGUACCGAAAGAACAUCGUACCAGAGUCGCCCACUUCUUGGAGAAACAAGGCUUCAAGGAACAAGCAUUAGCUGUCUCGACGGAUCCUGAGCAUAGAUUCGAAUUGGCCCUGGCUCUAGGAGAUCUGAAGACUGCCCAUUCUCUAGCAAAAGAAGCAAACAGCCAACAAAAAUGGCGUCAGUUGGCGACACUUGCAACACAAAAAGGAAAAUUACGUUUGACUCAAGAAUGCCUGCACCAGGCCCAAGACUUCGGUGGUUUGUUGCUUCUCGCUACCAGCACCGGCAAUGCGAAGAUGAUCGAGAAGCUGAGUGCAGAUGCAGACGAAUCUGGCAAGAACAAUAUUUCCUUCUUGUCAAACUUCCUUCUUGGCGACGUGGACACGUGUCUGGAUAUUCUGAUAAAAACUGACAGAAUCCCAGAAGCUGCUUUCUUUGCCCAGGCAUAUGUCCCCAGCAAAAUAUCCUCCAUAGUGAAAUUGUGGAGAGAAAAGUUGUCAGCCGUCAGCGAGAAAGCUGGACAGAGUCUGGCCGAUCCUGAGCAGUAUGAAAAUCUGUUUCCUGGCUACAGAGAAGCCCUUAAGGUUGAGCAGUUUCUUAGACAAGAAAACAGGAAGAAAAUACCAGCAUCAGCUUACCCCACUGUCAAGCCGAACACCGAGCGUAAACCAUUCGAGGAGAUGAUGGCUGCUGAACAGUCUGGGUCGUUCGUCUACAAGGAUUCGCCGUUGCCAGGAGUUCCCCAAGACAAUGGUGACGCGUCUACGUCAGACGAUUUGGUGACGAACAGACUACAGGAUUUAAAUAUUGGGACGCCAGUGGCGCCAUUGCAUACUGCGUCAAAAGCCUCGGUACCCGAGAAGUCAAUAAAGCAAACGAGUAGCUCGCGGCCUCUGACCAUGGACGAUGAUGAUUUAGAAAUGGAUUUGGAGCUCGAUGACAAUAUUGAUACCUCAGGUAUAAAUAUCGACGAGGAUCUUCUGGGCGAGGAGGAUUAGCGCCGUUGAGAUGAAUAAGUGGACGCCAUUUUGGGUAUCUUCAUUCUGCCGUGAUCAUUCAUUCCCGCGACGAAUAUUAGCAAAGUAUUAAAAAUAAGAAAGAAAUCCUAUAUACACAAGAAUUUAUAUCGCAUAUAAAUAAUCUGUAUGAAAAGUUACGAGAACGCUAACAUGAUGAACAAUGAGAUUUAAAUAUAUUGUUAAUAUAAUAUGACGAGUGUGAAGUGUCAGAGAUAGGAAAUAAGCUCGACGACAGUCGUGCUAAGAAUCGACGAAAUUUUUUUAAGCCUGAAGGAUACAGCUUGCGCAUGCGCACCACUGCGUCGGUAAAUGUCGAGCGAUGUAUCCCGGGUGACUUAGUUAGUAAGCAGUUUUAAAGUGUUUUGAACACAUCGUCCCGCUGUAACAGAUACACCUGCCUGUUUGUAAAAUAAUAUUUAACAGGAUUACGCUGCA